AAGAAGCCCUGGCCCUUCCUUUUCCUGCUAAACUUUAAUCGCUCGCUUUAGAGUCAAGUCAUGACUGAAUUUCUGUCAACAAAGGCCACGGACAAACUAAACUCACAGCUCAACAGACUGUGCGUAUGGCUUUCGAGUGACCCUGAGUACAUCCUGGCGCACUGCGGGGAUAUCCUAUCCGUGAAUGAAUAUAAAAAGGUAAUAAAGCAAAGCAGUGGUUCAGAGCAGAUGAGAGAACUUUUGGAAAUAAUCAUUCAAAAAGGAGAAGAUACCUGUCAGAACUUUAUUGACACUCUGAGGAAGCACCAAGGACACUUCCCACAACUGAAGCAGUUUUUCGUCACUGAAGCUGAAGUUCCAGGUUCAUCCACUCCAAGCAUGUUUGCUGAUGGUAGCAGUGUUGUGUCCUGCAGAGAAAUUACAAACACAACUGCAAAAAACAUUUCAAUUAACAUUCAAACAGUAAGCCAGCCGGCAGACAGCAGUUUGUCUGGAAAUAUUAAACCCCAAGCAGAUCUCACUGCAAGUGGCGGCGGUGUUAUAUGUGCUGAUAAAAUAUCAGGUGUCCAUGUUGAUGAGUGUAUAAAUUUCUCAGUGAGUGUGAAUGCACCACAAGAAAACACAGGUAUGGUAGAGGACACACAGCCACCUCCUGAGGGUCCUGCUGUGAGAAAGAUCAAGGAGCACAAGGUGGAACUCAUUAACUGCCUGAUGGGGGAUGUCUUUAUUCUGCAGUGUGUGCAUGCCAAAGGAAUCCUCUCUCCCAGACAAUAUGGAAAUCUGAAGCACUCCUCUAACCCAGAACAAACUGUUACCAACCUGAUAGAUCUUCUGAUGAGUAAAGGUGAAGAGACCUCCGAUCAGUUUCUCCAGAUUCUUAAAGAUCCUGAAGUUGAUGCAACGUAUCCACAACUGAAAAACAUUAUAAAGUAACUGAGAUCAGAUCAUAUGUAAUUUUUUUUUAGCUAGGAUGAAAUUAAAUAAUGGUAAAGGGAAUUUAAUUUUUUGAGCAGUGUAUAUACACACUUGCACAUUCCCACAAUUUUGAUGUAACUGUGUGAGAUAUACCCUUCUGCUUUUCAAAACAGGGCACUGAAGUAAAGACUAUCCUCAGAGUUUCAUACUAAAUCUUAAGGAAUUAAAAAUGAAGCAUGUGAAAUGAUUUUGUCUUGGUAGUUUGUAGAUGAUACACUGAGAUUGGUUGUAUACGUGUUAUAGCUAUGUAUGGGCACCAGGUGACAGCAUGAAAUAUGUUUAUAUUGUUAGUAGAGUUUUAACUACUACUGAAGAGAACACAGAUGUUACAGCACACAUGAAGUUUCACAAAAGUUGAGUGUUUAAUGGAAUAAAAUGAAACUACUUCUCACACUGCUUUUUAAACAUUUUUCUUUCAGUAAUAAUAAAACUAUGUUGCUGUAGUUUCAGUGCAUAGCAUUUCAAACCAUUUAAAAGUAUCCUACUAAUAUCCAGGUUAUCCAUUAAUAAUUGCUGAGCUCUAAUUUAAUAGCAGAAUACACAUUGGUUAUUCUGACUGUGCUUUCCAUCCCCGUUGAAACAGUAAUCCAUCACUACAAGUUUUCCCCUCUUGGGUAAUGUUGUAUUCUGCUAUAGUGGAGACUCUUCAUAAUCUACCCCAGGGCCUCCUCCCAGUAGGACAUGCACGGAGAGAACACAAUCUUAAGGGGUUUAAUAUGAGUGUCCAGGGUCUCUACUCAUAGACUUCUUCUACUGCCACUCAUAGUUUGAUGCUGUCCUUUAAUAUUUUUGAGCAGUGAACAUCAAAGUUGGUAGCCUGUCAAUAAGGGCAGAAAUUUAUUAGACAAGAUCAAAUUAAUCUGAUUAAAGUGAAUGGAAGAUUGUGUCACUUCAAAAUAAUUCUUCUGAUGAGUUAAAAUUGUUUUACAAUGAAUUAUAUAUAAGUAAACUAAUGUUUUAAAAUGCAUAUUAUAGCAAAAACUGUUCUGUACAAUGCAGUCAAAUAUCAAAUAUGCUUAUAUGGUGAAAGCUGUUUUUAAAAUUCCAGGACAAA